AUGGUUAGAGUACUCCCAGAGACUUUCAAGCGGUUGCAGAGCGAUCCCACCUGUGUGCGGAACAUAUGUAUUGUUGCACAUGUGGAUCAUGGUAAGACAUCGCUGGCUGACUCACUGUUGGCCUCCAACGGUAUUAUCUCCCAGAGACUGGCCGGUAGAGUGAGAUACUUGGAUGCCAGACCAGACGAGCAGUUGCGUGGUAUCACGAUGGAGUCAUCUGCCAUUUCACUUUACUUCAGAGUGCUGCAUAAGCAAGAAGGGAAAGAUGAACCCCUGGUCAAUGAACAUCUGAUCAACUUGAUUGACUCGCCGGGCCAUAUUGACUUCUCAAGUGAAGUGAGUGCUGCCUCGAGACUAUGUGACGGUGCUGUUGUGCUGGUUGAUGUAGUGGAGGGUGUUUGCUCUCAAACAGUCACUGUGCUGAGACAAUGUUGGACAGAAAAGCUGAAACCAGUGCUGGUACUGAAUAAGAUUGAUAGACUAAUCACAGAACUACAAUUGACACCUAUGGAGGCGUACAUCCACCUAAACAAGACUAUUGAACAAGUUAACUCCGUCAUUGGUUCAUUCUUCGCUGGUGAGAGACAGUUAGAUGAUUUGUCCUGGAGAGAAAGGCUUGAAACCAACGCCAACGCAGAAUUCAUUGAAAAGGAUGACUCCGAGAUUUACUUUACACCAACGGAUAAUAGGGUGAUCUUUGCCUCUGCAGCAGAUGGCUGGGGUUUCAACAUUGGACAACUAGCCAAAUUCUAUGAAAAGAAAAUGGGCGCCAAAAGAGAGAACUUGCAGAAAGUCCUAUGGGGUGAUUUUUACAUGGAGCCAAAGACCAAGAAAAUAAUCACUAAUAAAAACCUGAAAGGAAGAAAUCUAAAGCCUCUAUUUGUUUCAUUGAUACUCGAUAACAUAUGGAAGAUAUAUGAAAAUGUUAUUAUGGAAAAGGACCUCGAUAUGGUAGAGAAGUUUACCAAAAUUCUAGACGUGACCUUAACUGCCCGUGAUCUAAGAACUAAAGAUGAUAAACAACUACUAAGACAGAUUAUGGGCCAGUGGCUACCUGUAAGUACAGCUGUUCUACUAACUGUGAUCGAAAAAUUGCCUUCACCACUAGAGUCACAAUCAGAGAGGCUAGAUGUCAUAAUUGGUAAGGAAUAUGAAAAAGAGGAUGUUGACGAAGACUUGAUCAAAGAUAUGAAGGAAUGUAAUAGAAAUGGUCAAUUAUGUGCAUAUGUAUCCAAGAUGUUAUCGAUCCCAAGAGAUGAAUUACCUCUUGAGGACAAUAAGAACAUGACAGCAGAUCAGAUAAUUGAAAGAAAUAGGAGAGCUCGUGAAGUGGCGAUGAAUGCAGCUAAAAGAGCAGAAAUGCUAGAAAAAUCAAAAGAUAACUCAACUGAAGAGGACCUAUAUGCAAGGGCUAAAGAGACGAUCAUAACUCCAGAGUUAGAUUCAGGAACUGAAAACAAAACCAAAAACGAUACUUUCCAGAUUGUUACGGCACCUGCUGCUCCUCUAGAUCUUGGCUUUGAAUAUGAGGAAGAUCCUGAAGCUGUGUCAGAUGAUGAUUCAGAUACAAAUGGCGAUGCUAUUCCUGAAUUUGUCCCAGGUGAAAUCGAUCCUAACGAUCCGCUCAGCUCUAUGUUUGAAUAUGAAGAAGAAGACCCAUUUUCUACCGGUGCUACUUUAGCGGAAACACAUUUCGAACCUGUCUCUUUAGAAGAGUUAAAGGAUGACGAUAUUUUUGAUGAAAAGGACGAAGUUCUAAUCGGAUUUGCAAGGAUAUACAGUGGUACAUUAGAAGUUGGACAAGAAAUCUCAGUCAUAGGUCCCAAGUAUGACCCAAAAAAUCCUACUGAGCAUAUACACACAACAACAAUUACCAAGCUGUAUUUAUUUAUGGGUAAGGAACUAGUAAGCUUAAACUCUUGUCCUUCUGGUAAUAUUGUGGGUAUUGGAGGUUUAGCUGGAAAAAUCAUUAAAAAUGGUACUAUUGUAGGUAACUCUGCAAAGGGCUUAAACCUUGCAGGAGUAAACUUACACUCCACACCUAUUGUUCGUGUUGCGAUUGAACCAUCAAAUCCUAUGGAGAUUAAUAAACUAGUCAGAGGUCUAAAAUUACUGGAUUUAGCUGAUCCAUGUGUGAAUAUUGAGGUUGAAGACUCUGGUGAGCACAUUUUAUGUACAGCUGGUGAACUGCACUUGGAAAGGUGUUUGAAGGAUUUGAAAGAAAGAUUUGCUGGUAUUGACAUCACACAUAGUGAACCUGCUAUCCCAUACAGAGAGACAUUUUUAAAUGUAUCAGGAAUGAAUCCACCAAAGAAUCCGGAACUUGGAAGAUCUGUUAUUGAGCUAAAACUAGGAAAAUACAGAAUGUCCUUUAGAAGUAUCCCACUAUCAGAUGAAAUAACCAACUUUUUGACACAUCACGAGAGAACGAUUGCCAGAAUUGUAUCCUCUAAGUCAGCUAAUGAGAACAUUGAGGAACAGAUACUGGAUGAAGAUACAUUUUGGAAAAAAUUGGGGUCACUAUUUGAAGAAAGCGAAGGAACUGAAGAAUUAGUUAGUUAUAUGGACAAGAUAGCAGCGUUUGGUCCAAAAAGAAUUGGUGCAAAUAUUUUAGUGUCCAAUAAUGGUAUUCUUGGAAAUGUCAAACAACAUGAGGCCCCACAGUUCGAAUACUCAGAUUCGAUAAUAAAUGGUUUUCUAUUAUCUGUGAAUGAGGGUCCAUUAGCAAACGAGCAAGUCCAAGGAAUGUGCGUUGUGUUGGAAGAUAUUCACGAGAUGACAGAAAAUGAAAUUUCAGAGAUAGAUGACCCACAUUAUCAGGUCGAUGAGCCAAAUCUCUCUGGUAGAUUGAUUACAACAACUAGAGACUGCAUUCAUAAGUCAUUUUUGGACUGGUCACCACGUAUAAUGUGGGCAAUGUAUACAUGUGAUAUUCAAACGUCAGUGGAUGUUCUUGGUAAAGUAUACGCCGUUGUGCAACAAAGACACGGUAAAAUUAUAUCAGAAGAAAUGAAAGAAGGUACACCAUUCUUCCAGAUUAUUGCUAGAAUCCCUGUUGUCGAGGCCUUCGGUCUCAGUGAGGACAUCAGAAAGAAAACUUCGGGUGCAGCUCAACCUCAGCUAGUCUUUGAUGGAUAUGAAAGUAUAGACCUGGAUCCAUUCUGGGUACCAACCACAGAGGAAGAAUUGGAAGAAUUAGGUGAAACGGCAGACAAGGAAAAUAUUGCGCGUGCUCAUAUGAAUAACAUUAGAAGACGCAAAGGUCUAUUUAUUGAAGAAAAGGUGAUCCAAAAUGCUGAGAAGCAAAGAACUUUGAAGAGAAAUUGA